AAACAAGGAAAUGAAACCAACAUAUUGAAUCUGAGGCGUUUGUUUCGAUUUGUGUGACUUCAUUCCUCAUGACUCAGAGAUUUAGCAGACAUGAGUGACUUUUCUGUACACCCGCUGGUUCUGAUCGGUGUCGGGUCCAGCUUCGCCUUCUCUAGCCUGUUCUACCAUUUAUACCAAGAAAAGAAGAAAGAGUUGAUCAAGCUGAAGGAAAUACCUGUUUUCAAGCCUGAUCAACAUCUGGUCAGAGUCCUGAAAUCAUCUCCUCACAAGAGACUUCAGUAUGUUGCUGUAGAAGGUCUGGUCCAGGCACAUGGGGAGCCACUGGCCAGCCAGUUUGUCCCACGAUGCUUUGGUGUGGUUCAGAAGAUCGCAGUGGAGGAGCACUGGAAAUACUGGAACUCCCUCAGCCGGACAUGGAAUUCUCGGACAACAAACAGAAAAGAGACCAACAAUUCCGUGCCUUUCAGUCUGGUCAGCCCUGGAGACUACAUCACUGACUUGUAUGUGAAGGUCCAGAACCCUCUGGAAGCCUCUGGGUCUUACCUGGAGAGAGUUUACUACAAAGUAAGACGCGUUGAGGAAAGCUUGUCGAACCUGGUGCUGCAGGGCAUCAGCGGGGAGAGACCUGUGGCAAUGGAGGAGAGCGAGGAGCUGCUGCGGGUCGGGAGCAUCCUGACUGGUUUUGGUGAGGUGGUGCUGGAGGGGGGGAAGGUGAUGAGGAUACAGGCCCCGCAGAAUGGCCGCAAGUAUAUCCUGGUGGCCACUGACCACAGGAGCUUCAUAGACAGCCAUGAGAGAUCAGCCAGCAUGUGGAAGACGCUGACUGCUGCCACUGGCAUCACAGGGGCUUCUCUUCUAGCCGCCACCAUUUAUGGAUUGGUGGGAAAAAGGGACGAUAAAUCAAAGUCGGCUUGAAGAUGCAGAUGCUGCAAACAUACCUUUAAAAGUCAUGUCACUGCUUGUUUGAGUUCCUGAUACUGCCUCGGGUGUUUUAUCUAAGAUUCCAUAACACCGUCCUGAUCCAGAUGACUCGGUUGCAUGUUUAGAUUUGUUUCUGUUUCACCAUUCUUGUCAUGAUGCAGCAAAAAACACAAAAGGUCGCAGCAACAGUUGGUCUCAUUUAGACAAAUGUUAUUUUGUGUUUUCUGAAAUGUUUUUUUUUAUAUAUUUUGUGUUUUAUCCAGAGUUAACAGAGCCUUUCUGUCUAAACAGUGUUUAGACACUCCUCAUAGAUCUUACAGUGUACAGACAUCCAACUGUUUCAGCCUAAAAGCCAUCAUGAGUUUCUUCUGCAGUCACAGGGACAUUGUUAUUAUCAUCCAUCCAUCCAUCCGUUAUCUGUAACCACUUAUCCUCUUUAGGGCCACGGUGGGGCUGGAGCCUAUCCCAGCUGACUUAGGGUGAGAGGCAGGAUACACACUGGACAAGUUGCCAGUUCAUCACAGGGCGUUCACACUCACAUUCACGCCUACCAGUUAUUCAGCGCAUGUCUUUGGAAAGAACAUGCAAACGCCACACAGCUUACCUAUCACUGCACCGUUAUUACACGUUAUCAUGAUUGUUAUUAUUGAUUCAUAUUGUGUGACAAGUGAUGAAACACCUGAGGAUCAUGCAUUAAAUGCAGUAUAUUUGACUUUAUGAGGUUGAUUAUACUUUUUAAAAGGGAACAUUUUAUUUUUCUAAUGAACUUGUAUUUUUGUCAUUUAGGAUAUAAUCAGUUAUGUGUUGUCAAGUUUCUGGUCAUCAUGACCCGUCCGGAUGGAAUUCCAGUUUAAGAUGAUUUAUACAGUAUAAAAUUAGCAGAUAAUCUUCUACCUCUACCACCUUUAUGUUUUUACUCUAUUGUUUCAGCUUGUAGGGAAAAGGGAAACGAACACUGUUGUACGCAAUUUGUUUUAAAGGUGAUGGGUUCAGUCUUAUUAAAAACCUCAACAGUUUUAACUUGAGUGAGUCAUUUCGUGUUGUUGACGUUAAAGAGACAGAUGAUAGUUCUACAUAUUUCCAAGUGGUCAGUAGGUCUUUUCUUCUUUAUUUGGAUAUUGACAUUCAGAGCACACAGCCCUUACAUGACACUGAACUGUGUGAUAAAAUGUGUCAGUGUGAGCUGUACAGAGAAGAUCCUGAUGGAUAUAAGAGGGAGAAAGCUGCUGCACAGGCUGCCAACUGCUUGAAUCCCUUUAUUCACACAACAGUUUUCAAGUUUCAGAGUCAUCUUUGUCCUUUUAAGUGCUCCUCUUUAUUCCCCUUCCUCCUCUGAAGACUCCUCGGCCUCCUCCAACCACUGGAUGAACUUCUGAAGCUGUGGGG